AUGUCCGCAAGGGGACCAUUACAGUUGUUCCCUAUGACACCUGAUCUAGGCCAAGCAGGUUGUUCAGCUCUAGAAGACGCCGUCAUCCUCGGCCGGCACAUCGGAGAAACGGUGAUCCGAGACGGGAGGCUUGUGCCGAAGGAGGCGGCCAACGUCAUAGAAAGGCUUCUUUCCCACAGGGUAUUCGAUGUUUCAAAAUAUGAUUGUGGAAAGUUGCCUACAAUUUCCUCCGGCUAUGGUGAGUAUGAGUGUCCUCGUAAGGAUGAAACCAAUCAAGUGGUUUAG